AACGUGGCGGCAUCACGCGAAGGCUUCCGCGCUUUAACGAAUGACACAAGAUGGGGCAGAAGCGGAAGAAUGGCCGACGGACAGCAGAUGGCGAGGGCGGAGCCUCUCGCCGUCUCUCCCCCGCUCCACCGCCUCCUCGACCUUCUCAAAGACGAGAAGGAUCCCGCUACCGCCCUCUCCCACCUCGACGCCAUCGCUGCCCGCCACCCCUCCUACUCCCUCUCCCCGUCCCUUCUCUUCCUCCUCCUCCGCCGCCUCUCCUCUGCCCCCGCCCUCCUUCCCCGCCUCCUCCACUUCCUCCGCUCCCGCCCCCGCCGCCACCGCUUCUCCGAGGCUGCCGCCCUCGUCGCCCUCAAGGCCUUCUCCCGCGCCCUUAUGCCCGACCACGCCCUCGCCACCUUUCAGUCCCUCCGCGCCAUCUUCCGAUGCAAGCCCGGCGUCCGUUCCCACAACGCCCUCCUCGACGCCUUCGUCCGCGCCCGCCGCUGGGACCAGGCCGAGUCCUUCUUCGCCUUCUUCCGUACCAGAGCCCGCGUCUCCCCCAACCUCCAGAGCUACAACAUUCUCAUCCGAGGCCUCUGCGACCGGGGACAGCUCGAUCGAGCGGUCCGACUCCUGGAAACCAUCCAAGGUCGCGGCCUUGAGCCCGACCGCGUUACCUACAGCACCGUGAUCUGUGGGUUGCUUAAAAACGGCGAUUUUCUGAACGCUCUCAAACUGUUCGAGGAAAUGUGCGAUAAAAAUGUGUCACCCGAUGUUGUAUGCUAUAAUGUUCUGCUUGAUGGUUUGUUGAAGAAAGGCGAGUUCUUGAAGGGAAUGGAGAUCUGGGAGAGGCUGGUCAGGGAUCGCGCAGUCGGUCCUAAUUUUGUCACGUAUAGUGUUAUGCUGGAUGGUUUGUGCAAGCUUGGGAAGGUUGAAGAGGUGAUGGAGAUGUGGAGUCGGAUGGUGAGGAAUGGCCAUCGGCCUAAUUCAUUCACUUAUGGGAUUUUGAUUCAUGGGCUGUUUGAAACAGGGAAUGUGGAUGGGGCCUCACGGGUCUAUGCGGAGAUUAUCAAGACGGGCUUCGUCACCGAUGUUGUCACAUGUAACUCUCUGCUUAAUGGUCUCUGCAAAGCAGGGAGGAUAGAGGAGUCCUUGAAGCUGUGGGAGUUGAUGGGAAGGGUGGGGAAUCGCAACAUUGUCAGUUACAACAUAAUGAUCAAGGGUCUGUUCGAGAAUGGCAAGGCAGAUGAAGCAGUUUCACUUUGGGAAAGCUUGCAAGGGGAUGAUACAUGCCAUCCAGAUUCGGUGACUAUUGGUAUUUUGAUCCAUGGGUUGUGCGAAAAAGGGUAUGUCAACAAAGCUUUAUGGGUUUUGAAGGAGGCGCUAGAAGAUGGUGAGAAGAAUCUGGAUGUCUUUGCAUAUUCCUCGAUGAUAAAUGGAUUGUGCAAAGAUGGGAGAUUGGAUGCAGCGAUUUGCAUUUAUGAUCAAAUGGCUAAACAUGGGUGCAAACCAAAUUCACAUACAUACAAUGCAUUGAUAAGUGGCUUCUGUAAAGCAUCUAAGAUUGCUGUUGCCAUUCAGGUUUUUAAGGAGAUGGUCAGCAGUGGUUGCACUCCUACUAUUGUAACAUACAACACUCUUAUAAAUGGUUUGUGUAAAGUGGAGAGGUUCCAGGAGGCUUCUAGCUUUGCAAAAGAAAUGAUGGAAAAAAGUUUCAAACCUGACAUGGUGACAUACAGCUCUUUGAUGGAUGGUCUCUGUCGAGAUAAUAAGAUUGAUGUUGCUCUUGACAUUUGGAACAGAGUUCUUGACAAGGGCUUUGGAGCUGAUGUCAUCAUGCACAACAUUCUUAUCAAAGGCCUUUGCUCUGCUGGGAAAGUGGAAGAAGCCCUGCGUGUUUGCUUGGAAAUGAAACAUAAGAACUGCACUCCAAGUCUAGUAACAUACAACACAAUUAUGAAUGGACUUUAUCAAGUUGGUGACUGCGAAAGGGCAUCAGAUGUAUGGGUCCAGAUGUUAGAAGCUAGGUUUGAGCCAGAUAUCAUUUCUUACAACAUAAUGUUUAAAGGUCUUUGUUCUUAUAAUAGGACAUCUGAGGCAAUCAAGUUAUUGGAUGAUGCCUUGGGUUGUGGUAUUAUUCCAACUGCCAUUACCUGGAGUAUACUAGUUAGGGCAGUUAUCAGCAACCGAACAGUUCCAACAUGAUCUCUGUGAAGAUCUAUUGCAAAAACACUAUAAUCUGCUUCCAAAUGUGGGCAUUGCAUUUUCUGCAUGUGUGUCGUGCCAGAAUAUUCCAGGACUCCAUGAUGGAAAAUCACUGAUAAUGCAAACCAGGCAGAUUACUGGAUAUUUGAAGGACACUUAUAUAUCCUUUUAAGCUCUGAAGGAUCAUCCUUAUAAUUUGUCAGAAAGGAACAAACUCAGCCAUCAUAACAAGUCUUAUCUUGUUUGAUGAUGCAAAUAUCUCUUAAGAGUCUCCUACUCCUCUGCAUUUGUUGGCUCAAGCUGUUAUGCUGCUCACUGUGUUUCCAAUGCACAAUGUGUUCAACAGCCUUAGAACUGGAAGAAUUUGGUGAGAAUCAACUAAUUAUACACUAUACAGCAUCAGAAUGUCUUAGUUAUACAAUUGUGGCAAUGGGAGAAUAUUGCCAGAAUGAUAUCUUGAUGCAAUAGCAAGGUUAGCUGGUGUGUAUCAAACCCCAGUUUUAAGAAUUGACUGUGGUUUAUUUUACCAUGCAAUAUUUGUCUUCGUCCUUCUUCAAACUGUUUGGUUAUAGAGAAUAUUUUGUUCUCUUUUUCUUUUCUUUUCUUUUAUUUUUUUAAUUCUUAGGUGGGACCCAAUUUUAAAAUUUUUGGAUGCUUUUGCCCCUGGACAAGUGCAUACGGUUGGGUUGCAUGUUUAAGCAGAGCUGAAUGCAUAUAGUUUUUAUGGUGAAUGCAUAUAUUUUUUAAGCAAAUACACAUAUUUGCAACAUUGAUUGCACAUAUUUGUCGAGCAUAAAAUGCACAUUCAUGAGCUACAGCAUGCCUGUGGGUCAGGGGCUAAUGCAUCUGAAAGUUUUAAAAUCGUUCCACUAUUUGUGGGAGAGGAAAAAAAAAAGGUGGUCCGAAGUUGAAAAAUUCCUGAGAAUUUAUGGAACAGACAGUAUUCAGUAAGACUUUUAUUUCCCAAAAAGGAAAGAGGAUUCUACUAUUAUGUGUCUUUUACUCUUUUUCCUUAUUCAUUUUUUUCAUUUGUUGAUGACAGGCUUUGCUUAUAAAUGUACUGAGCUAGUAGGCGGACAAAUAUCAAACCCAAUGCUGCAGCUUUUCUCCAUUCUACCUCAGGAGUAGUGGCAACAGCAUUUCCAAUUUGACAAGCAGCAAUGAUAUAAGCACAAAUAUUUCUCAGAUCAUUGAUCCUGCACUCUCCUUUGUGACUUCUCCAAUCUUUGGUGCUUCAAACUUAGCUUCUAUGUUCCCUUGAGGUGCCUUUUCCCACAGAUUCUUGAAGAACAGGCCUUCAAUUUGGUCCGGCUUGAUCUGAUCCUCAAAUUCCUCCGUCACCCUCUCAUUCUUUUCAAUCUCCUGUCUGUUAAUUUUUGCAGUCCCUUCAAAAGCCUGCUUCAGGUUCUCCAGGUUUGCCAUGAUCUGCUGCGUCAGGAGAACUGUUGUUAUUUGGAGGAGAGAUUUUGCAAAAUAGCAGAUGCUGUCAUGUAUUGUAAAAAUAAAAGCUUUAUAUAAGUUAUAAGCAGACCCUGGCACUGGCUUUGUCAAGCUCUUUGAGACCAUUCUCUCCAAUUUUGCUGAACUCAGCAUUGGCAUCCUCUGCAAACUGACUCAAGACAUUCAGAGCGCUCAUCAAGGCAGUUGGUCAGGUGAACCUUUUGGGCUUGAAGCAUAGCGAUUCGUGCACUGUUUUUGCUUCUCCUCUUCAGAUGAAGAGGAGUCAGAACCAGCUUCUUUGGAAUUACAGAAACAGAGGUUUAAUCUCCCAAACAGGGUUUGUUUGGGAGAGGGAGGAAUGUUUGAAUGGCCUUAAGUGUGUCCAUGUCUUCAUCUGUUUGUAAUACUGAGGGUACGCGGAGAGGCAAGAAGUGGAGAGCCGAGGAUGUUCUUUCACUCCCGGUAGCAGUGGCGAUCUCCACCUCCCAUGCUCAGACAUCAAACAUUAUUCAUUGCCGUCUAGUUUUAUUUAAAAAGAAUGGAGUGUAACUCCAUGUAUCCAUUUUGCGCUGCUGUUUAAAUAAAUUUUUGGUACUGUUUGUUUGUGUGGAAAAAUAAUGUGUUCUUGUUAUUAUAAUCGAUUUCUUCCA